AAUAAGAUAUGUGCCUAAUGUAAAAUGAUACGUUAACUUGAUGAACAAAAGAAGCUUUUUGCCCUGUGACCACAUUUGGAAACUCAACUGCCAUGCUAAAGUGCUUACAAGCAUAAGAAAUGAACUUGCCUCCUGUUAUGGAUGUUGAUAUCGACACUGAAGAAAAUCGGAAGCUAUUAGAAGCAAUCCAGCAGGGUGACAUCAUUCCUAAUCUUCCUUCUGUCUCCUCCAUUCCCUUACAUCCAAAGAUUGAAGAUGCAAUUGAACAAGAACUCGCAUCCAGAGAUGGAGCAGAUAGUGGAAUUGAUUUAAAACAAGAAACUCCGUAUUUGAAAACACCAAAAGGAAAUCAACCUGAGGAAGAUCAGGGAAAUGUUCCAAACACAACUUCAAGGGUGUCAGGAUACAAACCUAAAUCUCCAUGUUUCCAUCCUGAUCCUAACUACAGUAGAUGGAUUAACUCUCAAGCCAGCAGAGAAUCAGACCAGUAUAUACAACAGCGGAGAUACACAAGACUUGCAACUGUAUCUGCAAGACACAGAGUGCAUUACCCAAAACGUCCCAGUUCUCUGCUAAGUCAUGGUUCAAUGGUUAUUCCUGGAAAAUUACUAACCUGGCACGAAGCCAUGGAAAGUAGACCCCCACUUCGAAUUGACAUGUCAGGACCCACCCCUACUACUUACUCACCAAGAAAUAAACCCCUGUAUGAGACCAAUGCACCAGCUUACUCCUUUGGCCAAAAGGAGCCAGAAAAAAGUGGCAGUGGUCAGAAAGCUUGGUCAAAAUAUUGGUUUCGUUCACAUAGUCCAUUCACUCAUAAAACCAACUAUGAGCUGAGGUGGCCCACAGUGCCCCAUUACCAACAUAGGUCGACACUGGGACCAAAACAAGCCUGUAGACCAGAGUUUCCAAGUCAUAGUAUUGGUGUCCGCCACAACCUGCAGUUGGUGGUAAAAGGCUUGGAAGGUUUGCCCGCUUCAAACCAGUAUGAACCGGAAUUGGCCACGCAGCAUGUCAUGAAGAGAGCACCCGCUUUUUCUAUGGGUUGCAAGUUGCAUUCUAAUGUAUGGGUCAACACAUUAAACGUCCCAGCACCUGAUAUGUACAACCCAAAAUCUUCAAUAAGAUCCAUCAAACCAAGCCACCCAGCGUUCACUAUGUGCGUGGAACGACGCUUCAAACGUCACGACAUAGGCCCUUUUGCUACCUUAUAAUUUAUCUGUAUUUUCAUUUGAAGUAACAUUACAGCGGAUUAGCUUUAAUCUUAAAAAAAUUCUGUUAUGCAAAAACUACUCUUAACUUUAGUUUAAAUAUUACCUUUUUAAGCAACCUUUUUACUUUUCCAUUUUCUCCUAUGCUUUAGUUGUAGAUACACCUCUGGUGUAGCUUUAUGUACAGAAAAAGUUCCUUAUAAUAAGCCCAGUGUUACUGACUUGAGAUUACUAUUAUAAAGCUGAAUUUUAUAAUUCCACUGAGAUUAAAUGUUUUUCAGUUGCUACGAUUUGCCAGUAAGUUUCUGUUUUCUUUAUCCUCUUAUAACUUACAUCGUCCUUUAAGCAAAACGCUACUGUAAUUUCUUGCCUACUUGAACCACUGUGAUUGCUUGUAUGCGUUUACUCCAUAGGCCAAUAAAUAUCCAUCCUCAGCCA